AUGGUCACCAAGGCUCAUGUGACUCAACCCACCAAUGCCACUUUCACCAACAGUCUGGCAGAGGCUUCCGAUUGCGUGGUUGCCGACGCAUCCGGCAGAAACAAUCAUAUUCAAAACAUUCCUGCGCGUAUCGUGCACUUGACCUCGAAGUGGUAUCCUGUCGACUGCAUCCCGAAAUUGUUGCCGUCGGCCAAGACCAAACGCAAUAGCGUAAAGACGGCUAAGCUGCGCAAGUCAAUUACGCCUGGCACUGUUCUCAUUCUACUUUCUGGGCGCUUUCGCGGCACACGAGUUGUGUUUCUUAAGCAGCUACCGUCAGGUACAUUAUUAAUUACGGGCCCGUACAAAGUGAAUGGCGUACCACUGCGUCGCGUGAACCAGGCAUUUGUUAUCGCUACAUCGACCCGACUUGAUUUGUCGAACGUCACGCUGCCAAAUAUCGGCGACAACUAUUUUGCCAAAACGCCGUCAAAGAAAAGCAGUAUACCAGUGACGCCUGUUAUCGCGGAGCAGAGAAAAAGCGACCAAAAGGCAGUUGACGCGCUUCUCAUGCAAAAACUUGCAAAAGAGCCUUACCUUCGCGCGUACCUGAAUGCAAAGUUCACACUCACAAAGAACGACCGGAUCCACGAUAUGCGCUUUUGA